AUGAUAACAUGAAUUGAAAUAAUUUUCAUACUGAUAAAUAUUCGAUAAAACCAUCUAGAUAUCUAAUCGAAAAUAUGUCAUUCGAAUCACAAUUAAAAACAAAUUUUCUCUAUCUACCAUUCUAAAGCAGGAAAAGACGAACAGGUUUUUCCUAAUUUGAAAAAAAAUCUAGUUGGAUAAUUCGAAAUCUGAAUACGCUCACCAAAUUUCGGUUCCUAUAAGUAUCCAGAAAAUAGGUCGAGUCUUCACAGUGUUCACUGCUCAGCUUCACCAUGAAACACUUUAUUCUCUUGUUCACCAUCGUAGCACUCAGUUCUUCUGAGAUUCUUUCAACGGAAGGACCAUCCCAGAUUAUUGGAAUUCCUGGACCAAGAUGGCAAGGACCUUUCGCAAAUCAUAUUUUAGGACAACCUGUUGGUGAUACUCCAGAAGUUGCUGCUGCUAAAGCUGCGCAUUACCUAGCACAUGAGCAGAUUUUGCAAAUUAUACCAGAACUUCCUCCUCAAGAGAGAUACAACACUGUCAACGUUGGUCAACCACAACAACAAGUAUUCGUUCCUCAACAGCAACAAGUCAACUAUGUUCCUCAACAACAGCAAGUUUCCUAUGUUCCUCAACAACAGCAAGUUUCCUAUGUUCCCCAACAACAAGUUGUUUAUGUUCCCCAACAGCAGCAGGUUACCUAUGUUCCUCAACAGUCUGCUUAUGUCGCUCAACCAACGAAAGUCCCCGAGGUACACAUCAACGUUCCUUCUGCAGUUACAGCUCCUGUAGUACAGCAGCAAGUACAGAACGUUCCACAAUUUACAAAAUUCGCCGAAGAUAUCCCAAGAAGCGAGCUUGGCGAGGUUCCUGAAGUAGCAGCUGCCAGAAAGGCUCAUCUUGCUGCAUUCGAAGAAAUAAGAAAGCUUCUCCCAAAAUUAGAAGAAACAACAACUCAAGCUGUUGAAGUUUCAACACAAAAACCACAAGUUGUCGAACAACAAACAAAAAUCGUCACCCCUGAUUUUCAAUUGGUACAACAGCAACCACAAGUAUUUACCCAGCAAACUCAAGCUGCACCUCAAGUUCCCCAAGUUGUGUAUCAACAACCACAAGUGAAAAGCCAGCAGACUGAAACUGUCAACCAACAAGAUGACUCUUUGUUAUGGAGGCAACAACUCCAGAGAAAUCUUGACUGGUUCUACAACCCACAGCAGUUCUAUUCCUACCUUCCUCAAGAUACACCAGAAGUCGCAGCUGCUAAACUCGAACACCUUAAACUUCUCCAGGCCUUGAAUUGAAUCAAUUGAACUCCUGUGGUAUGAAAAAUAUAUACUCAAUGUCAGACUGAAUAAUUCUAGUUUAUUUUUUUUUUUUGGAUUUCAUGUCAUCAUCAAUGAUUCAGGAACAUGUAAGAAAUUGAUUUCGCUAUUCAAGAUAUUUGGUGCUCUCAACUCAUCACUAUUAAGACAAGAUAUCGAACAUAACAUAAUUUUUUUUUUCACUUCUAUCAUGUGCAACAUUUUCCUUUCUCUUAUUUCUUCCUUUCUCGUAACAUACUCCUCAUAUUCCCUCGUUCUCUUAUUUCUCAUCAAUAAAACAAAAGGAAUGAUGAUGUUCGCUGCCACUCCUGCUGAUAAAUAAUUAUUUUUCUAGUUAAUAACAAUCUUUUACUUUUCACUGAUUUUUUUUUUGAUAAUACUUUUCACUGUAAUUAUAGAAACUGUCUAUUAUAAGAAAUAUAAAUGAUA